AUGGAGGAACACCCUGUCGAGGACGAUGCGAAUGAAAUCAACACGACGCUGCUCGAGCUUCAGUCCGCCUUUGCCGCGGCGCUGCGGAACGCCGGCGUGUUAGGGAAGCUGCGGGCACAACUCCGCGCGGCGGCCAUCAGCGUCAUUCGCGGCGACCCGCACCUUCGCACAGCCGCCGUAGGAAAGACGGUUCUGCCAGCCGACCUCUCGCCGGAGGGCCGCGUGGCGCUGCUGCUGAUUGAGGAUUUUGCGCGCGUGCAUGGGCUGCAGCAGACAUUGGGGGUUUUCGAGGAGGAGAGCAACCUGAGCCUCGUGGGCGAGCCGGAGCGGAACACGGCGCGGCGGCUGCAGGGCCCGCGGAAGACAUCCGCGUUAGAGCAGCUGGUGGCGGCCGCCAUGGCGCACGAGCCACCGCAGCGUGAAGAGCAACAGCCGGCUGCGGCGCAUGAGUCGGAGUCGCGGGCGCCCGCCACCACCGCUGCCGCUGCUGCUGCUGCCGCGGGCAAGCAGGAAGAGGCGGCAGAAGGGGCACCCGUGGCUGCGGCGCACCAUCCAGAGAUCGCUGCGGGGUUGGAGGACUACGAAGACUCCGUUGACUAUAGCGUCAUGGACACCACUGACCCGUCGUGCGCCGAUGAGGGCAUGUACGACAGCAUAGAGAAGUUUUAA